GCGGGGGCGAGGCAGAUGGGGCUCAAGGCGCGCAGGGCGGCGGGGGCGGCUGGCAGCGGCGGCGACGGGGGCGGCGGCGGCGGCGGGGCCGCUAACCCGGCCGGGGGGGACGCGGCGGUGGCCGGCGACGAGGAGCGGAAAGUGGGGCUGGCGCCGGGCGACGUGGAGCAAGUCACCUUGGCGCUCGGGGCCGGAGCUGACAAAGACGGGACUCUGCUGCUGGAGGGCGGCGGCCGCGACGAGGGGCUGCGGAGGACCCCGCAGGGCAUCGGCCUCCUGGCCAAGACCCCCCUGAGCCGCCCUGUCAAGAGGAACAACGCCAAGUACCGGCGCAUCCAAACUUUGAUCUACGACGCCCUCGAGAGACCGCGGGGCUGGGCGCUGCUCUACCACGCGCUCGUGUUCCUCAUUGUCCUGGGAUGCUUGAUUCUGGCCGUGCUGACCACGUUCAGGGAGUACGAGACUGUUUCGGGAGACUGGCUGCUAUUACUGGAAACAUUUGCUAUUUUCAUCUUUGGAGCCGAGUUUGCUUUGAGGAUCUGGGCUGCCGGAUGUUGCUGCCGCUAUAAAGGCUGGCGGGGAAGGCUCAAGUUUGCCAGGAAGCCCCUGUGCAUGCUCGACAUCUUCGUGCUGAUCGCCUCUGUGCCGGUGGUUGCCGUGGGAAACCAGGGCAAUGUGCUGGCCACCUCCCUGCGCAGCCUGCGCUUCCUGCAGAUCCUGCGCAUGCUGCGGAUGGACCGCAGGGGCGGCACGUGGAAGCUCCUGGGCUCGGCCAUCUGCGCCCACAGCAAAGAGCUCAUCACCGCCUGGUACAUUGGGUUCCUGACGCUCAUCCUUUCUUCAUUUCUUGUCUACCUGGUUGAGAAAGAUGUGCCAGAAGUUGAUGCACAAGGAGAAGAGGUGAAGGAGGAAUUUGAGACCUACGCAGAUGCCCUUUGGUGGGGCCUGAUCACACUGGCCACCAUCGGUUAUGGAGACAAGACACCCAAAACGUGGGAAGGCCGCCUGAUCGCGGCCACCUUCUCCUUAAUUGGUGUCUCCUUUUUUGCCCUCCCAGCAGGCAUCCUGGGGUCGGGACUAGCACUCAAGGUACAGGAACAGCACCGGCAGAAGCACUUUGAGAAAAGGAGGAAGCCGGCCGCUGAACUCAUCCAGGCUGCCUGGAGGUAUUAUGCUACCAACCCCAACAGGAUUGAUCUCGUGGCGACAUGGAGGUUCUAUGAAUCAGUCGUCUCUUUUCCAUUCUUCAGGAAAGACCAGCUGGAGGCAGCAUCCAGCCAAAAGCUGGGUCUCUUGGAUCGGGUUCGCCUUUCUAAUCCUCGUGGUAGCAAUACUAAAGGAAAGCUAUUUACCCCUCUGAAUGUAGAUGCCAUAGAAGAAAGUCCUUCUAAAGAACCAAAGCCUGUGGGCUUAAACAAUAAAGAACGUUUCCGCACCGCCUUCCGCAUGAAAGCCUACGCUUUCUGGCAGAGCUCCGAAGAUGCUGGGACAGGUGAUCCCAUGGCGGAAGACAGGGCCUACGGGAAUGACUUCCUCAUCGAAGAGAUGAUCCCCACCCUGAAGGCCGCCAUCCGAGCCGUCAGAAUUCUACAAUUCCGUCUCUAUAAAAAAAAAUUUAAGGAGACUUUGAGGCCUUACGACGUGAAGGAUGUGAUUGAGCAGUAUUCUGCAGGACAUCUCGACAUGCUUUCCAGGAUAAAGUACCUUCAGACCAGAAUAGACAUGAUUUUCGCCCCUGGACCUCCAUCUACCCCAAAACAUAAGAAGUCUCAGAGAGGGGCAGCAUUCACCUACCCACCCCAGCAGUCACCCAGGAAUGAACCAUAUGUAGCCAGAGCACCCGCAUCGGAAACUGAAGACCAAAGCAUGAUGGGGAAGUUCGUGAAAGUCGAAAGACAGGUUCACGACAUGGGGAAGAAACUGGACUUCCUGGUGGAUAUGCACCUGCAGCACAUGGAAAGGCUGCAGGUGCACGUCACGGAAUACUACCCGACCAAGGGGACCUCCUCGCCCGCAGAGGUGGAGAAGCUAGAGGACAACAGAGAUUCGGAUCUAAAAACCAUCAUCUGCAACUAUUCCGAGGCGGGUCCCCCCGAGGCCCCUUACAGCUUCCACCAGCUGCCCCUCGACAAAGUCGGCCCCUAUGGGUUUUUUGCCCAUGACCCGGUGAACCCGCCCCGAGGAGGACCCAGUUCUGGAAAGGUUCAAGCGACGCUUUCCACCUCAGCAGCGACAUAUGCAGAAAGGCCCACCGUCCUGCCGAUCUUGACUCUUCUCGACUCUCGAGUGAGCUACCAUUCCCAGGCUGAACUGCACGGCCCCUGCUCGGACCGGGUCUCCCCCCGGCAGAGACGGAGCGUCACGCGGGACAGUGACACGCCUCUGUCCCUGAUGUCGGUCAAUCAUGAGGAGCUGGAGCGGUCUCCAAGUGGCUUCAGCAUCUCCCAAGACAGAGACGAUUACGUGUUUGGCCCGAGUGGGGGGUCGAGCUGGAUGAGGGAGAAACGUUACCUCGCCGAGGGUGAGACAGACACAGAUACGGACCCCUUCACCCCCAGUGGCUCCAUGCCUCUUUCAUCCACAGGGGACGGGAUUUCUGAUUCAAUAUGGACCCCUCCCAACAAGCCCAUUUAGAAGGGGUCGUGGGCUGAGGCCUCCUUGUAAUGUAGACAGACUGUGUAUAGCUCACUUGCUCUCACACCCGACACUUGACCGUGAGAUCACCAGUGGCUGCAUCAAACACAUGCAUGUGUGUGGCGGCCCCCCACCUGGGCAGGGGCUUUUCACGGCCUUCCUCCUCCCCAGGUCACCGCAGUGAAGCCGCUUCCUUUUAAGCAUGGUUUGCAUGACUUUACAAUAUAUAAAUGGUACCGCUAAUCUCUUCUAGGAUACACAUUUAUCUGCUGUUCUUACUUUAAAUCAUGAUUGGACCAGGAUGGGGAGAAAUUAUUGACGAGCUGUGCUAUCUGUCCAUUUGGUUGGCUGCUUUGGGUUUUGGUUUGGUAAGCAGGGAAUGUAGUUUAAGUUCUUUCUCGAACCACCGCCC